GAGGAGUAACCGGACACCGACUCACAGAGCGGCCCCCGGCCGGUCAGAGAGCAGCGGAGUCCGGCGGCAGCAGCAGGGAGCAGCGGGGCGACGAGGGGAGCCACACCGAGCACCGACAGCUGAGGAGCGGCCGAAGCGGACUUUACCCGCUGUUACCGGCUCAUCGUCUCCUCCUCCUCCCGCCCCACCGAGGACGGAUAACGGAGUUACCAAGAAGUGAAGUCCCGAAACCGGCAGCAUGAAGAAAAACUGCUCCGGGAAACGGGGUCCACAGGAUUCUGCUUCACAGAACCUUCAGCCCGAUAAAGUGGGCUGGAUCAGAAAGUUCUGUGGGAGAGGGAUCUUCAGAGAGAUCUGGAAAAACCGGUUUGUGGUUGUGCGAGGAGAUCAGCUGUUCAUCUGUGAGAAGGAGGUAAAGGAGCCGAGUCGGGCUGAUGAGCUGUUUGAUCUUUCUGAUUACGAACGCUGUGAAGAAAUACGCAAGAACAAGAGUCGCAGCAAAAAGAGUCACAGCAAGUUCAGACUGCAGCGCUGCAGCACGCCAGGCAACACGGCUCCGAACCUGAUCUUCCUGGCCGUCAGUCCUGAGGAGAAAGAAUCCUGGAUUAACGUCCUAAACGUUUCCAUCACCAGAGCGAAGAACAGGAUCCUGGACGAGGUAACCGUUGACGACUCGCAGCUUUCACAUCUGACUCGAGAUCGAGUGAAGAUUCCUCACAAUCGUAGACUGCCGAGCAGAGGCCACCUGCUGGCCGUGGCCUCGACGUCGUUGUUGGACGGGACUUUGACUCUGGACCUGAUUCAGGAGGAAGGCGCUCCACCAAAGGAAGCAGUCGUCUGCGAUGCGCUCAAGGUCAACCUGGAGACAUGUCUCCUCAGUCCAGACUGUCCCAGGUCCAAAACUGACGGCACUCUUUCUGCCAGGACUGCUGAUGCUUCUGGGAAAUCCCACAGCCUUCCUCGUGAGGUGGCAGUGGUGUGGAAGCAAACGCCUCAGCCAGGACAGCAUCUGACGCCGGCAGGGAAGAAUCGCUGCGUCUCCAUGGACGAGAUUCUGUCACAUUCAGAGAGUAAAGUUACUAAGAACAAGACUGCGACCAUGUCAACACCGACCGCCACCGUGACACUGAUCAACCAGCUGCAAGAGCUGAUCGGCAAGAAGCUGCAGAAGACGGAGCAGCUGCUGACAGAAGUGCGGUGGGAGGCGAAGGGGGAGGAGCCGGCCGAAGCAGAGAGACUCCUGAAGGAGGCGGCGACCACCUGGCGUCAGGCCCGCGAAGUUCUGGAGGAGGUCAAGGAGCUGAAGGUGUUGUAUCGAGAACUGGACUCACUGUCUCCCCUUAGCAAGAAACCAAACCCAGACGUCAGAAGCUGAUGUGACUCAGUCUGGUUCAAACCGGUUCAGUCCGGACCAGAGAAAUUCAGGGUCAGGAGGAGACUGAUCAGUGUCGAGUGAUGUGAAACGUUCAGAGAAAGAAAACGAACAGAAAUCCAGCUGAGGUCACGAUUCUGUCCUCAGCUACAAAAUGUCGGAACACACCUGUGGAACCUUCACUUAUCUGAAGUCUCUGAUCAGACAUUAGGAAAAUGUGCCAAGACGAAUUGGACCCGAGGAAAAACCUCAUGUUCUACAUCUCCGUAAUUUCUGCUCAGAUGACGUGAAGAGGAUGAAGUUUUAUGCAGCUGGACACAAACUGGAGAACAGACGGUACGAGCGCAGAAUUUCAUUUCCUCCCAAUGUGAGGAAGUCAAUCGCGUUCAUGUUGACGGAUCGUCUCCAUCACAUGGAGAUGGUUCUGACUUUUAAAUGGACGAAAAUUGUCGUAACAUGAAGUGACAGGUUCAACGUGAAGGAGUUAAGCCUAGUUUAUGCUUCUGCGUCACGUCUACGCCGUAGCUACGGUGUAGCUACGCCGUAGACGCAGACCCC